CAUGGUUGACCUCCUGCCUAAGCAUUGACCGACAUGAAUGCGCAACCCAAGUCGGGCGUGGCUUUGGCCGCCCGCUACGCCAUUCCUUUUGUUCUGCUGUUGAUCCCCUUUUGGAUGAUGAGGAUCAAUGCCGUCGUUCCCGAACCGUAUCUGGAUGAGGCCUUCCAUGUCCCCCAGGCUCAGGCCUACUGGGCUCAUAAGUGGACGCAUUGGGAUCCCAAGAUCACUACUCCCCCGGGAAUCUAUCUCUGGUCGUAUGUGCUGUGCGCGAUCGCGCUCUUCCUGCGCGGUUCCCCCACACAGCUUACCCCGGAAGCUUUGCGUGCGACCAACGUGGCAGCCACCGCCGUAGCUCUACCGUUGCGAUUGCAGACAUUGUUGGAUCGGCUGCGCAGGGUGCGCAACACACGUCCCUCUGGAGCAUGGCUGAGCCAUACUGUUUUGAACAUCUGCCUCUUCCCGCCGCUGUUCUUCUUCUCCGGCCUAUACUACACCGAUAUUCUUGCGCUGCUGGUGGUCAUUGAGGCGUACAACUGGGACCUGAAACGCUCGUCGGAGGGUGGAUUUGCGCCGCUCUCGACGUUGGUGUUUGUCGUGCUGGGGCUGGUAGCGCUGGUCUUCAGACAGACCAACAUCUUCUGGGUGGCGAUCUUUCUGGGUGGACUGCAGGUCGUCCGGCGGUUGAGGUUGUCUUCUAAGAGAUGCGAGGCGUCGGGAUUCGCGGAUAUUGCUCGGGCGGGGUGGAAGAAUGAGCUGUAUGAUCCGUUUGUUUCGGACGCUUCGAUUGCAGACUACUUCAAGGCGUCUAUUUCGCUGGUGGUUGUUGCCUUGAACAACCUCGGCUCGGUGAUUAGCUCUGCUAUUCCGUACCUGCUCAUACUUGCCGGUUUUGGUGGCUUCGUGCUGUGGAAUGAUGGUGUCGUUCUCGGACACAAGGAGUAUCACACUGCUGGGCUGCAUCUGCCUCAGAUGCUCUACAUCUGGCCCUACUUCGUCUUCUUCUCUUGGCCUCUCCUCCUCUCGCCAGUCGUCAACUUGGUUCUCCCGAAGUCGCUUCUUCCCAAGUUCAUCGACUUUGGCUUCCCGAAGAAGCAAAAGGGCCUUCCUAAGCUGUUGACGGCUCUUGUUGUGAUCCCCAUUAUGCUGGCCGUGGUUCAUUUCAACACCAUCGUCCAUCCGUUCACUCUGGCCGACAACCGUCACUACGUCUUCUACGUCUUCCGUAUCCUGCUGCGCAUUCACCCUGCUAUCAAGUAUGCUGCUGUCGCGGUGUACUUCCUCUGCGCGUGGAUGGUCAUCUCCGCCUUUGGAUUCACGACGAUUUCCACACCUCCCCAGUUGAUGCGUGUCCCACAGACAGCAGCCUCACAGCCGGAGCCAGUGCCAGUACCUCAGAAAGAGCCCAGCCAGAAGAAGGCCGAACGUCGGAAGGCAGCAAAGAAGCCCGCACAGUCGCCCAAGCCGGAGCCGAUGUCGUUCGACGCGUACGCCAAGAUCCAGGAGCACAUUGCGCACCGGCAGAAGCAGCAUCAGGGCACGCCGCAGGUGAGCUUUGUGCUUGUCUGGCUGGCGGCUACGGCGCUGUCGCUCAUUACGGCGCCGCUCGUCGAGCCGCGCUACUUUAUCAUUCCGUGGGUGAUGUGGCGGCUGCAUCUGCCACCGCAGCCGACGCCUCUCGUGCACCGGCAGCGGGCGCGCGAUGCGACUGAGGAGCUGAAUGCGAAGGUUGCCACGAACAUGGCGCUGUUCCUGGAAACGUAUUGGUUCUUGGUGAUCAACGCGGUGACGGGAUACAUCUUCCUGUACUGCGGGUUUGAAUGGCCCCAGGAACCGGGGAAGAUCCAGCGGUUCAUGUGCAGCAGCAAUGACAGUAACAACCACCCCCUAGCAUCCCUGCACCGCUCCAUAACACCCCCAAUACUCUCCCGCUCCAAGGGACCAAAAACACCGCCACAGCCACAACCACAACACAAUGCCACCCACCCAGCAUCACCCAGCACGCAGACCACGAAAAAGGAGAAUGAUGCUGAAUCAAAAAAGGGCAAUAUAAUCCCCUCUCCCAUUCAACUAACCCACAUCCGGGACCUCCCCGCCUCCUCAGGCCACAACACCGACACUGUCCGACUGCGCGACAUUCUCGGCGAUCCAUUGAUCCGCGAAUGUUGGCAGUUCAACUACCUCUUUGAUGUGGACUUUUUGAUGAGCCAGUUUGAUGAGGAUGUGAGACGGCUCGUCAAGGUGAAGGUUGUGCAUGGCUCGUGGAAGAGAGAUGCCCCGAAUCGUCAGAGGAUUGAUGAAGCAUGUACGCGCCACCCCAACGUCGAGGCAAUAACCGCCUACAUGCCUGAAGCCUUCGGGACGCAUCAUUCCAAGAUGAUGAUCUUGUUGAGACAUGAUGAUUUGGCUCAAGUGGUCAUCCACACAGCAAACAUGAUCGCAGGCGACUGGGCAAACAUGUGCCAGGCCGUGUGGCGAUCUCCCCUUCUCCCAUUAUGUUCCAAUGGAAGUGGGAGUGAAAGUAUAGCUACCCCCGGGACACGAUUCAAACGUGACCUUCUCUCGUAUCUAAGAGAAUACGGGCCGAAGAAGACCGGUCCGCUUGUCGCGCAGUUAGAGAAACACGACUUCGGCGCUGUCCGCGCAGCAUUGGUUGCUAGUGUUCCCUCGAAGCAGAAGAUCCGGGAGUCGACUGAUUCGACCCGGAAGACGCUGUGGGGAUGGCUAGCCCUGAGGGAUGUAUUGCGGUCGGUUCCUAUUGAUCGUUCAGAGGAUAGACCGCAUAUUGUAACUCAGAUUUCCUCCGUCGCCUCUCUCGGCCAAACAGACAAAUGGCUCAAAGACGUCUUCUUCGCGUCCCUCUCACCAUCAUCAAAUAACCCCAAACCAAGAUUCUCGAUCAUAUUCCCUACACCCGACGAGAUUCGCCGCUCCUUGAACGGCUACGGCUCAGGCGGCUCCAUUCACAUGAAGCUGCAGAGCGCCGCACAACAAAAGCAGCUGCAGUACAUGCGGCCGUAUCUGUGCCAUUGGGCUGGAGAUGUGGCUGAGGACGAAGCGAAGGUGAAACGAGAAGCAGGGCGCCGUCGCGCGGCACCGCAUAUCAAGACGUAUAUCCGGUACUCAUCGUCGGAGAUGGACCGGAUUGAUUGGGCGAUGGUGACGUCGGCAAAUUUGUCAACGCAGGCGUGGGGAGCGGCGGUGAAUGCCAACGGAGAGGUGAGGAUAUGUAGUUGGGAGAUAGGGGUUGUGGUGUGGCCGGAGUUAGUCACCGGUGCUGGUGCUGAAGGGAGGAGUGUGAUGGUGCCUUGCUUCCGGAGGGAUGUGCCCGAUGCAGAUGCGGUUGCGGCUGCAAAUGCAGAUGAAAAGGAAAUUGCUACGACAACUACUACAGUUGGCUUCCGAAUGCCCUACGACCUACCGUUGACGAGGUACAGCGAGACGGAUAUACCCUGGUGCGCGACGGCCAGUCAUAGCGAGCCGGACUGGCUGGGACAGACGUGGGAGGGUUGA